AUGGUCAUUGAUGGGAUUCCCAUGACGAACAAGACACGCUGGUCCAAAUACAGUGUACCGACCUUUAUCGGCCGAUAUAUCUUCCUUGGGGGUUACCUCCCAACCCUCCAUGCUCUCCUGGAUGCGACGCUCUGUGCUUGGAGAGACAACUUCCUCCGGAACUUGGGGAUUAUCGAGGCGGCGUUCCGGGCUGCACAACCUGAUGCGUCCGAUCAAAACGUCGAGGCAUUCCGUAAGAAAUGGUUGUAUGAUUUCAUCUACUGUGAGGCGGGAUUCCGCUUGAGGCUGUUGGGUAAUUACAUUAUUGUUGCGACGAAGACACCGAGUUGGGAUUUGAGCACGAUGUGA